AUGACUCGAUCCUCAAUUCUCUAUCAAAACUCUCAGAACACAGUCUUUCUUCUUGACAUUCCCACGUCUAUUGCUCUCGCUCAGGAUUUUUCACCAGUCCAACAGGAGUCACCAUCAGACUCUUCAGAGCUAAUCUCGAGCACACAGGUCUGUCUAAGGCAUGUCUUAUCUUCAACACCCCUAAAAGUCCCUUACCCUGGAUCUACAGAGCCUAAAACGGAUGCCGCGAGGGCAAAAGUCCUACAAAGGAUUCCUGUUUCGGAGCGAGAAAUCCACGAUGCUAUUGCGCCUUUGGUGAGAGAGGCGCUGCAUGAAAUUCGGCUGAGUCUUGGGGGUGAUGAGUGGUGUUUUGAAAGAAGGACCUUAGCACCUGACUCUGGACGGAAUUGUACUGCUCAUUGCCGCGAAGGAAAUGUGUCUCUAGGAAAAAGAAGCCGAAAAGGUCUAGAGUCCAGUGGGAAUGAUGACUGCCGGUUCCCAGUCGAGGACUACACGGAUUCAACCGUUCCUGGAAAGUCGACCAAGCUACGGGGCGUGCCUCAGAACCCAGACCUGGUCAAUCCGCCUUUGGUCCUCUCGCCUGGGUUGAAUUUGUUCGACUCCAUGUCGGGUCUUUGCAAUCUUGUCGUCAGAAAUACGUCCUCUGACCAUGCAACUGUGAGAGCUGGUUGCGUAUUGGGAAGGCACGGCAACUCAACUGAGACCAACUGCGCGCAACACUAUAACCAUACGUACUAUAUACCACCACUAUCGAGCUUCUUACUUUGCAAACUACCUAUAUCACAGUCUGCCACGAAGCCCAACAGAUUCAUAGACCCUAUACCAGGUCUCUCUCGAGACCGGAAAUUCGAUCUAAUCCUCCUUGAUCCGCCAUGGGUGAAUAGAUCUGUUCGACGCAGCGGACAUUACCAUACACAGCACUACCUCGAGGGUGAUCUACUGACGCAGUGUAUUCGAGAUAUCCUCAGGGUGCACUUACAAGACAGUCAUUGCACCUUCCGUUGCGGCACUUCUGAUGAUCGUAUAUCGACCCCAAAGCCUCCCGAGCCACAGACCCAAAGCUCUAUAGCAGCCAUAUGGAUUACCAACUCUGCAAAAGCGCGGAGAACAGCCUAUGAUGCUAUCCAAGGCGCAGGUCUUUCCGUCUGCGAGGAAUGGAUUUGGAUCAAAGCCACGGCAAACGGGGAUCCUAUCACACCGAUAGAUGGUCUCUGGCGGAAACCUUAUGAAGUUCUGGUCAUAGGAAGGAUGAACAGUCCCCAACUGCCGGCUGUUUCAUCGGAGAAAAGUGGUGGCGGUGUCGUCACUAGGAGGUUCAUCGCUGCUGUUCCAGAUGUGCAUUCCCGGAAGCCGAACUUAAAGGAGAUUUUUGAGAAAGUUUUCUUUGACGAUGCUUCUCCUUCUCCUAAGUCGGAAGAUCGCACAACUUAUUCCGCCUUAGAGGUAUUCGCACGCAAUUUGACUGCCGGAUGGUGGGCAUGUGGAGAUGAAGCUCUGAAGUUCAACUCGGAGGAAUGGUGGGUUCAUGAUAAAGAUACGAGCUUGAGUUGA